GUUUUCAGAUGCAGUGGUGAAAGAAGAUGAAGUAGAGUAAGACCCGAAGAUUCUUCUACGAAUUCUAUUGGGUCCUGGUUUCCUUGUCGUUGUCGUCUCUGAAGAAAUUUGAAUUUUGAUGAACCAACGACUCUGACCCUGUUUCCGUGUUUUGGAAUGGAUCUGGUCCGGAGGCAGCUCUAGUAACUCAAACUCUGAGAUCAAACGAGAGAGACAGCAUACCAAAAAACAUUACCGGUUACAACUCUUCUAAUUAUGACCUCCAAGAAUGAUCUCUCGCGAGCUCCGCGACCUUCUGGUAAAAUGUGCGCCGCAUUGGAGUGCAAAAAACAUCUUCCAGGCGAGCCGAAAACUCGUCCGGCUAGGUGAGAUUUUGAUUUACUUAUUUUUUCGACAUGCACAUGCUCAUGAUGCAUGCAUCUUGACCUUCAUGUUCGAAGGGAUCAUCAAAUCUUUUAUUUAGGCCAUCAUGAAAAUGAAUUGAACAAACACGACAGGUAUCACCGAGCGCUCCCACCUGGCAUGUUACCUGGGCGGCUCCAACGAGGAUUCGAAAAAAUCGAGAAUAAACCGCGACUUGGAAAAACUGGGCGAGAAGGGACUGUCAAAAAAGACCCUCAACGCCUUGAAGGCGGAACUAGAGGGGCUAGGCAUCGGCGCGUUCGGAGGACAGAAAAAAUCCUUCACGAACAAAAAUCCACCGACCGUUGCGCCCGGGCUGAACGCCGCGCAGGGAGGAGGAGGUGGUGAACGGUUCCAAGGGUAUUUGAGUAAUUGACGAGCAUUUUGGGUUUUGAUGCGCAUGACAAAAUCUCUACUCCUGUUUCUGGAUGUUGCAGAAGAUGCAGAUGAAGUAAACAAGUGCUUGUUGUUGUUCAAUGUUAAACGUUCUUAUCUCACUACCCGUAUUAACUAUCAACACCACGACCAGGUCCGUCUCUCUUCCUGGUACGACAACGCUGCCUCCCGGCGCAACAAGUGCUUCCGCGAACCAAGUCCAAGACUCCUCCAUCCGCGACGCUGUGGAGCACAACAAGCCGCUCCGGUUACCGGUGAUCAAAACCCGGUUCGACGAGAUUAUCGAGGCCGCCCCGAUUCCCCCCAGCUACCUGGCGGAGAGUCUGAAAAACGAGCAGAUCGGCGGUAGUAGUUCCUCCUCCACCCCGGCCGCGGACAAAACUAUGGACAGCAAAUAUGUCUGGAUCUGGAAACCUGUAAUGCUAAAAGUAAAUGAUAAAAGCACUGCAGUACGCAUUUACUUUUACGCAUGACAAAUUAUUUGGCGGCCAUGUGUUACGUAUUCCGCAUGGCAAACUGCGUUUUUGCAUGACAGGCGAGAGGGCCUGUUCGUGCCUAUGCAACACAGAUUCUCGAGUCAUGCCAGACAAGCAUGACAAACUUGCACUCCUCCAGACCCAGACAUAUUUGCAAUUCAUAAAAACGAGGCUGCAGCAAUUGGAGAACCGAAAACGGGCGGCGACGGAGAAUUUCAUCGCGAAUAAGCGGAAGUUGAUCGCUAUCCUGUGCAAAAGUAUCGCGCUCGUAGUAAUUGCAAUCAUGCAUUAGAAAUUUUCUUCUAAAGGCAACUCCGCAUUACAAAUUUUAUUUCUCAUGCUGAGAAAAUUUGUAAUGCAAUUUAUACUACUUCUACUACGAUACUUUUGCAGUUCAUAAUCGUGCAAAAUUCUUUGCGAAACCAGAACGCCAGUCGUGGCGGCGGGGCGAAUUCUUACAACAACUCCUUGCAACUGUCGAUCAACCAACUGCACGAACAACAACAGUUGUCGACCGACGCAGCACUUGGGGCGGGCGGGAACAACGCAAGUAGUAUCUCUCCGCGUUCACCCUCCCGAGGGGCUGCGAGAAGACACAUCCGUGAAGACCUGCCGAAACAGCCGCAAAACGUGUUCCAAACUUACCAAGACGAGUCCGAGAUGCCCAAAGACGCGCUGUCGAUUUUGACCGUCGUGAAGCAGGGCGAGAAGGCGCUGGAGAACCUGCUGAAACACGCGAAGCACACCCAGAUCACGACGAUAGAGGGCAAGCAGAAGCACGACUUCCGAAAACGGAAGAUGCAACCCUUGUCGCCCGAAGAAAAACUGGAGCAGGACGUCGAGAUUUACAAGGGGUUGGACCCCUUGAAGUACCAUAUUGACAGCAAGGAGGAGGAAAACGACUACUCGGACGAUUUCGAGUCCGAAGAACAAUCGCCAGAUGGAGCUGCUGUUGGUAGUUCUCCACCGUCGAGAAGAAAGAAGAAAAAGUCUUCCCGACCGCAAUCGUCCAAGUCCAUACCGCGUACCCCCUCGAGUUUAAGAACGGGCACCAGGCCGGAUUCCUCCGCCUCCAGUGGGAAGAAGAGCUACGCGGUGUACCACCACAGGAGCCCAACGGGAAUCGAACCCGCGCACAGCGGGCCCAGGCCCGCCGGGAUAGGAGCGGACUUCAUGGACGGCGGGGGGAACAAGCUGCACAGCGGUGGAAACAGAGGGAAUGCGAAUGCGAAUAAAAUCGGAGGAGUGGCGGUGGUGCCAGGGUAUACAAUGAAUUAUUGCAAUAUAGUUCCAGCACAAUGGUGUGUAGCGUGAACAUGCAUGUAAUGCACACGAUGUUUUGGUAGAAGUUCAAGUUUUUUUACAGAAACAGAAUCAGAACCAGCACGCCCUUACACUCAUCUAGUGCGAUAGUUCAAUCAAACACUAGGUCCCCAACUACACUAUCCCCCGCCGCCGCCGCAGUUCCGCCGAACCAUCCCUACCCCCCAGACCCCAACAAGCACCAGGAAACCAGCAAGCAAAUCCGCGGCGCCUACCUCCGCACCCGGAAUAAGUCCGGUUCUGGACCCGGCGGAAGUCAGGGACAGCUGCUGCCGCUGCCAACCCACGUGGAUCAACAUCAAACAAGGGAUGCUGGCGGGGGCAUCAAGCCGACCGCUUCGCAGAGUGACCGAAACAUCAAACUAGAUCUGCAGCCGCCACCCAUCCCAGACGAAGACCUGCAUCCGCACUACCAAAAACGCGGGCAGGUAGAGAGUUCCGCCGAGGUUUUGGAUCGGAGAAAAACGGAAAAAUACCGAAAAUGGAUGAAGCAAUACUUGUAGGAUUUUUGUUUACAUCACACAACAAACGAACACGUACCUGCGACUCAACACAAACACGGUUUCUGAUUAUCUCUCUUACUUUUUCGCUCCUCAAUUACACUCCUGUUUCGCUUUGCAAUCAGAACUUCCGGUGAAGGCGGAGUUGCUCGUACUAACUCCAAGUGCGAUAGCAAUGCUGCAUAGUCGGAAAGUUCUUGGUGAUGCCCGCUGUGAAGGGAAACGAACAAGCGGAUUUUUUGAGAAUAGAGUCCGGAACUGAAUGAUGUGGUUUUCUGAAGUACAAAGGUCAAUUAUGCAGCUACGAGGAGCAAAAGGAAUGACUGAUUGAG